AUGUUUGCCAUGCGGGCCUGUCGGAAAAGUGUGAUGAUUGGGAUGCCGCUGACCGUGUCGCAAAUGACCUCGGUUGUGCGACAUAUGGGGACGAUGGACCAGCCGUGGAACUGCCCGCAUGGGCGACCGACAAUGCGCCAUCUGGUGGAUAUUCAGCCGAGUAAUUUAGUGCGGAAAAGGAGCGUGAAUUGGGAGGAGUUCUCCUGA